AUGCUAAAUCUCAUGAUGACAAUUGAUGACACGUAUUGUGAUGAUCAUGCCAACGAUUGUGUCUUUAAUGGAAAAGAUGCAAUUAAAAAUUGUAGUUAUAAUUUGUACUAUCGAUAUACAAAUGUCAUGUUAUCAUUAAGUAACAUUAUCAAUAAUGAUCGUUUAAUAUUAAAAAUUUCACGUAGUAAAUUUUUACUUUCAAAAGAAUUAGCAUUGACACCAUGUAAAAAUGAAUCGAUAUUGCAAAAUUCUUUGCAAGUGCUUCAAGCAUAA